CGAGCUGCCAGAGGGAGAGCUAUCAGAAGAGGAAGAUGAGCUUCAAGACGAGCUGCCAGAGGGAGAGGCGUCGGAGGAAAAUCAAUCAGAGGAAGACUGGUCAGAUGAAGAGCUAUCUGAUGGAGGGCAAUCAGAGGAAGACCCAGUAGAAGAUUGCCUUGAGAACCUUAAGUUGCUCAAGAUGACGAAUUUCAAGGGGGGUGACAAUGAGAUGAGGCUACUAAGGCUUGAAGAUCAAAUGAUUAUUGUGCUGAAGUCAUAAGAAAACCUGAUUAAGAACAGAAAUCAACUUGAAUUGGGCCCGGAAACUGUGAGUCCAAAAUAUUCUUUCUCAAAUUUGACUUGUCAGCCACUUUGAAUCUGGACAAUGGUCCAGUUUUUGUCAAUACUUUCCCCAUCAAUUUAGCUCAGCCUGGUCUGUGGCCACUAGUGCUAUUUUCGAUCGUGUGGUACAAGAUAGGAUAGUGGUAGCACUCACAGUCUGACUGAAGGAUGACACAACUGAAAACCUAUGGCUAUUAGCUCAGUCGCAAUGCAAUCUUGACUGGAGGAUGAUACGAUUGUGACUGACAAAGAAGAGUCGUGUGGAGUGUAUCAUGCAUGAUCCGCCCAGAAAAUGACUCGAGGCUAUGUAUAACCCCAUCCCCCCCCACCCCCUGAACUUCAAGUGAACAGUAGUAACCAAACACAUACCCAAGCACAGAAAUAACAGAAUGGCUGCGUCCGACGAGACGCCGAUGGUGCAAGACCUGGCGUCGACCGGUGUCGAGGAGCCGCCGAGCCGGUACUUAGUGCACGAGCAAGACCGUCACGGUGACCUGCUGGCCGCCGGCGAAAUGCCGGAGCCCAUCCCUCUCAUUGACCUUAGCCGGCUCAUGGACGCCGAUGAGGCCGACAAGCUCCGGGCUGCUCUACAGACAUGGGGCUUCUUCCUGGCCACCAAUCAUGGGAUCGAGGAUUCUCUCAUGGAUGCAAUGAUGAGCGCGUCAAGGGAGUUCUUCCGUCAACCGUCCGAAGAGAAGCAGAAAUGCAGCAACCUGGUGGACGGCAACGGCAAGCACUACCAGGUGGAAGGGUAUGGCAGUGACAAAGUGGUUUCUGAGGAUCAUGGCCUGAACUGGAACGACCGGUUGCAUCUGAGAGUGGAGCCAGAAGAUGAGAGGAAUUUCGCUAAGUGGCCCAGUCAACCGGAAUCUUUCAGGGAUGUGCUACAUGAGUACGCAUCAAAAACCAAGAAACUAAGAGACCUUGUCUUGCGAUCAAUAGCCAAGCUCCUGGACAUUGAUGAGGAUUACUUCGUUAACCAGAUAUCAAACAAGGCCUCCGGGUUUGCUAGAUUGUACUACUACCCUCCAUGUCCGAGACCUGACCUAGUUUUGGGCCUCAGGCCUCACUCUGAUGGAAAUCUCCUUACUAUCCUUUUUGUCGACGACGAUGUUGGUGGCUUACAAGUUCAGAGAGAUGGGAAAUGGUACAAUGUUCCAGCCAAGCCUCACACACUGGUGAUCAACUUGGGAGACUGCCUGGAGAUAAUGAAUAACGGAAUCUUUAGGAGCCCGGUUCACAGAGUGGUGACAAACACCGAGAAGGAGAGGCUUUCGCUGGCCAUGUUCUAUGCCGUGGAUGAAGAAACAGUGCUGGAGCCAGCGCCCGGUUUGCUGGAUGACAAGCGACCACCAAGAUAUAGGAAAAUGCUGACCAAGGAUUUCGUGGCUGGGCUCUUUGAACAUUUCCGUCAAGGGAAGAGAUUCAUCGACACCCUGAAGAUAUAAGUUAUGCGUGUUAGUUUAUGGAGUUAUAGCUGUAAUUACCUAUGAGGAAUAAAGUUUUACCGAUAUGUAAAAGAGGAGCACCAGCGCCAUGCCUCUUUCACCGAAUUUUGAGCUGUAGUUUAUCAGUUCGCUGCUGCAUUUAAACUUUUACUCCCUCCGUUC